UUAUCAAUAUAAAUAAUAAAUAUUAAUAAUAAUAAUAAUAAUAGACUUAAUAAGCGAUAACUCUAAUGAGUACAGUAAUAUAGUAUAUACCUAUUAUUUACUAUUUAGGUAUAGGUAUAUUUUAUAAGCAUUAAAAUUCACGUUUAGCAUUAUUGACGAACCGCAUUUUCGACGCACCCGUUUUUGUUACUCUGACGGGACGUCGAAAAGGUUCACACUAUACCUACUUUAUAUUUUACCGUUUUCACGUAUUUGUCGUCUUUCUUCCGGUAUCAAUACCGCCUUCUUAGUCCGUUCCGUCACUUUUUGAUCAUUCGAAAUGGCUUAUCGCUCGAUUUGAACGAUAAAUCAAAUCGUUGUUAAUAAAUAGGUACCGUCAAUAAUAUUGUUAUUACCACCUGUAUUGUGAAUAAAAUAAUGGGACCAAAACCUGAGGAUAUUUUAAGUGGAUUCCAAGUUAAUUGGAUGAAUUUAAGAGAUGCUGAUACGGGAGUUGUAUUGUGGCAAGGCACCGAGGAUCUAUCAUUACCUGACAAAGAACAUGAAGCUAAAGUACCGAAAAAAAUAUUGAAGUGUAGAGCAGUAUCUAGGGAGAUAAAUUUUUCUUCUGUAGAACCUAUGGAAAAACUGAGGUUACAACAAAAAGUGCUGUUUAAGGGCCGUUGUCUUGAGGAAUGGUAUUUUGAAUUUGGGUUUGUUAUCCCCAACUCAACUAACACUUGGCAGUCACUUAUUGAAGCAGCACCAGAAUCACAAAUGAUGCCUGCAAAUGUUCUAAAUGGUAAUAUUGUGAUAGAAACAAAUUUUUAUGAUGAUGAUUUACUGAUAUCAUCAUCAAAAGUCCGGCUGUACUAUGUUUAAUCACCAAGACAUUCAACUUUGUGCACUACUCAAAUUUAGAUAGACAAUUUUUGCUUGGUACACAUAACCAAGGUCGGAGAACAUGGAGAACAAGUACCCACUGCUGUGAUUGUUUAGUAUUUUACUUUGAUUACUUUUAUAUGUGAUUAAAUUUUUUUCUUGAGCGUAACAAGUGUUAAACUUAUUAUGUUGAACUAUUUUAAAUGUAAAACCAUAUAGUCAAUGAGUUUUUACUUUAUUCUUUACAUUUAAUUUAAUUUAAAGUAAUUAUUAAGUUGUGCAUUAGGAUAUUAUUACACACACACAUUGAUCUUGCUUUAUCAUCUUAGUAUGAAAUUUUUUUUUUGUAAAAAAUCACUUAAAUUUGCCCAAUAUUGUGUCAUGUAAUAUCAAUAUAUGGUUGGAGUUGUGAAAUCAUUGUUUAAAUAGGAUUUGUAUCUUCACAAAACUGCCAGAGUGCUGUUCAUUUUUAUUAUCUAGCACAUAAUAUUAUAUGAUAUUGUACUUACUAGUUAAUUGUAAUGUUUUUAUUCUUAUUGAUCAAUAAAUUAAUGCAUUUAUAUUAUGAAAACAAAA